UGUGCUCUUCCGACUUAGCUCCUCAUUACCAACCAACCAUGAGCUCCCAGAUUCGUCAGAAUUAUACCACCGAGGUGGAGGCCGCCGUCAACCGCCUGGUCAACAUGCAUCUGUGGGCCUCCUACACCUACCUCUCUCUGGGCUUCUAUUUCGACCGUGACGAUGUGGCUCUGGAGGGCGUGGGCCACUUCUUCCGAGAGUUGGCUGAGGAGAAGCGGGAGGGCGCAGAGUGCCUCUUGAAGAUGCAAAACCAGAGCAGCGGACGCGCCCUCUUCCUGGACGUGCAGAAGCCGUCCCAAGAUGAGUGGGGUAAAACCCUGGACGCCAUGGAAGCCGCCCUGCUUCUGGAGAAGAACUUCAACCAGGGCCUUUUGGAUCUGCAUGCCCUGGGUUCUGCCCGCGCAGACCCCCAUCUCUGUGACUUCCUGGAGAAUCACUUUCUAGAUGAGGAGGUGAAACUCAUUAAGAAGAUGGGCGACCAUCUGACUAAUCUCCGCAGGCUGUCAGACCCCCAGGCCGAGCUGGGCGAGUAUCUCUUCGAAAGACUCACCCUCAAGCACGACUAGAAGUCUCUGGAGCCCAGCAGCCUUUGAGAGGGGCCCUCUGGCAUUCCCCCCAGAUGUCAGGGCUUGUGCCUGAGUCUCUCCUUGCAGCCACUAGGCAGCUUUUUAACCAACCUAGAGCC